CCACUUUUCACAUGGUGGGUAACCAGUGUCCAAGUGAUAGUAUGCAUUGCAUCCCUGCUAAUCUAUGGUCUUGGCCCGGCAGGAUGGGAAAGAGUAGAAAUGAAAGAUGAAGUCAUUGAUGUAUCACUUGCGAUGCGUCAAGUUAGCUACUUUGAACCUGUAAACUUGUGGAUUGGGCCAAGAUUCGCUGAUUUAAUUCGACUAGGAGCUAAGUAUUCACCCUGUAUGCGACGCGAACCUGGUUUAUGGAGAUUGAUCAAUGAAGAAAGGGUGAAAGAAAAUGAAACAGGGUGUUGCGUUUUCAAUGAUAGGACGGGAUGUUAUCAGACUGGGCAAUCUAGUUGUCCGAGAACAUUGGCUACCUGGCACAAAUGGUCGCGCCCAAAGCCCCCUACUCUAAAGAAGUCAAAAUCAGAGUCGGCGAUUGUGGAUCUUGAGAAGAAUUCUGUUGGGCUCACCGUAUCUCGUCGAAGGGGAUCUAUUACCUCGGCUGUAAGCCGCCAUUCUUGGAGAACUGCUGGAGCUGUUUGUGGACAAGAUCCUGAGUAA